UUUAGUGACCAUGUAAGUUGAAUGUGUAUAUAUAUGUAUACGUUUGAGUAGGAGAAGAUAAAUGAGGUGAACGACGCACCAAGAACACGAUAUUGUUAAUUGCCUGUGUGAGAGAGUUAUUAUGGCUCCGGUUGGAUUACCUCCAGGGUUUAGGUUCCAUCCGACCGACGAAGAACUCGUAAACUAUUAUUUGAAAAGAAAGAUCAACGGUCAAGAAAUCGAGCUUGAUAUAAUCCCCGAGGUUGAUCUCUACAAAUGCGAGCCAUGGGACCUCGCAGAGAAGUCGUUUCUACCAAGUAGAGAUCCGGAAUGGUAUUUUUUUGGGCCACGUGACCGGAAGUAUCCAAACGGGUUUAGGACAAACCGAGCAACGAGAGGUGGAUACUGGAAAUCAACCGGGAAAGAUAGGAGAGUGACGAGUCAGAGCAGAGCUAUUGGGAUGAAGAAGACUUUGGUUUAUUAUAGAGGAAGAGCUCCUCAAGGGAUCCGUACUGAUUGGGUUAUGCAUGAGUAUCGUCUCGAUGAUAAGGAUUGUGACGAUCCCUCUUCGCUCCAGGACUCGUAUGCAUUAUGUCGGGUGUUCAAGAAGAACGGAAUAUGUUCAGAGCUGGAAUCAGAACAGCAAUUACAAAUGGGACAAUGUAGCUUCCCGACGGCGUCAAUGGAGAUCAUUUCGAAUAAUAACAAUAACUACAAUAACAACGAAUACGAGACAAUGUCGCCGGAAGUGGGAAUUUCAUCAUCUGCCUGCGUUGAAGAAGUAGUCGACGAUAAAGACGAUUCGUGGAUGCAAUUUAUCACAGAUGACGCAUGGGACACAUCAUCUAAUGCCGCAGCUAUGGGACAUGGUCAAGGGGUUUAUUGACCAAAGACCAAAAGAGCAUUUGGGGCCAAAAAAAAAAAGAAAAGAAUAUAGAAUUAUUGGGCAAAUAACGUAAAACACUUGGGGUACACUUUUGUACUUACAUAAUACAAUCGUUGAAAUAAAACCUGAGGGUUCUUGGCUUCUUAACUGAUUUUUUUCUUCUAAUUGUGGGAAUGUGUGGAAAAAUCACGUGAUUUUAUUGGAUAUGUAUUUAUUUUUGUUUUUUUUAUCCCUUUUUUUUUUUUUGUUGGAUUGAUGAUACUAUUAUCCGUUGAUUUGACGGCUAUAUCACUGGUGUGCCUUUGUUCUUUUUCCUCACAUGGGUGUAACCAGAUCAAGUUAAUGGAUGGGGAAAUUUGGAUU